AUGUUCCAACAAGUGGCCUUCCUCCCGGCUCUUCUGUCCAUGGCGGCUCUUCCGGCAUUGAGCUGCGUGUUACCCCCAUCCCUCACAUCGCAUGACGGUACUGCGGUCGCGCAACACACAUCUACUGCCACCGUGGACACCGGCAGGACCACGGCAGCAGUCGUCACCCAAACUGUAUGGGUAACAACACAAAGCCCUGUAGGGUUAACCAACCACCCCGGUGCUGCGGCAACAACCAAUCCUGAUACACAUGUGGGACUGAAUCCGAAGCCGACGGCCACCUCCAUGGAAGCCACUGCAGCAUCAGCAGUCGAUCAGAUGACAGGGUCGUCCUGGCGGUCACAGACAUCGCAAACAACUUCCCGGCCGCCAGAGUCUCAAACACAGCAACACUCAUCCCAGUUAGACGAGGCAAAUUCCGAGACUGGUAAAAAUUCGACGGCCCCUCUUCCCGAACAUGCCGAAUCCUCGUCAAGCCUAACGGCAUCGCAGACAACCGGUCCGCAGCCGAACAGCACCGCCGAUAUUAUCUUCACCGACACCACAGCCACCAUUCACCUGUUCAUCGUCGAUGUGGGGGCUAUGCCCAUAAACGGCAAUGACGGCAAUCGCAGUAGCUCGCUGUUCGAACCAUCGCUUAUUGUAGCUCAACCGGGCGACACUGUCUGGUGCGCAAGACCCAUGCCACGCGCCCCGGCUGAGCCAGAACCCUGUGACAGCGAAUGGGAUCGUCUCAUCCUAUCAGGUGCCGGUUACUUCGUGGGAGCCGGUUUGGUUUUCGGCAAGCUUGAGUGA